UCUCCACAAUGCUGCCUGACGCGCUCAGUUACUCCAACAUUUUGUGUGUGAGAUUUUUUUUGGAAAGCAGCACCUGCAAUUUCUUGCAUUUCGCAAUCGCCUUCGUCAAUUGUGUAUCGGGACUUCAAUGACAGUUUCUUGCAACGGCGCUACUGACGUGGGUUUGGCAUUGCAGGAAUGUGAUGGAGAAUUGUAGUCAAUGAAGCGUAACCAGGGACCUCCCUCACCCCGCCAAGUGAAACGCAUAAAAAGCAAGACAGGCCGGUAUUUGCUCAGUCUCAAAAAGGCAGAGGUGCACAGAGACCGGCGACAGAUAGAUCCGUGUCACACUUCAACCAUCAGAAGACCUGUAACAACAACAUGAAGUCUUGGCUGGGUGUGUUCACAUUCAUAUUUAGCAUGCUGGUCUGCAUAGGGACUUUUGCAGACGCUUACCCUUCCAGACCCGACAACCCCGGCGACGGUGCUUCUGCAGAGCAGGUGGCCAAGUAUUACACCGCACUGAGGCACUACCUCAACCUCAUUACAAGGCAGAGGUUUGGAAAGAGAUCCAACCCCGAAGCACUAAUGAUGACUGAACUGAUGCUGAGAGAUAAUUCAGAAAACUUUCCCAAAUUUAGGUACGAUGAACCUUCCAUGUGGUGAUGAAAAUCUGCAGUUUCUUUAAUGUGAACUUACAUUCCAGUCAACAGAUCAUUGCUUAGAAAAUGAAACAUUCUCACUAUUCUUAAAGAAGCCAAUGCAUGUCGCUAUCAUUUAAAUCUGUAAAAGUUUUAUUUUCCUGCAUCAUAUAUUCUAUAUAAAGUUUAUUUAAAUGAAUUGCAGGUGCAUUAAAUAUGUAAUGCAUUGUAACGCUGAAAAAGAAAUUAUUCUUUGUCUGGUAAGGACAGGUUUGUGCUAUUAAAAUUCAGUAAUAAAACAAAACAAUCUAAAUGGAAAAUUGUACAAAGUUAUCAAACUAUAUGCCCCAGAUAUUUAAUCUAAUAUCAACAUUAUCUAUUAAUAGCACAUAUGAUCUCAGUGACUUGUUCUGUGUAUGAUAAGCGUUGCAAUUCUCUAUAAUCGAAUGACCACAACCUGUGUUCUUUAAGCAGUGACAAAAUAUAUAACAUGUUCACAUAC